AUGUCCCACCGGGCUGGCACAGGGGAUGCUCCGAUCCCUGGGCUUGUCACGUCGAGACGAAAUCCGGCCUACAAGCAGAGGCUGCAGAAGCAGAAGGAGGCAGAAGCAGCAGCGGAAGCAGCUCGCAGGGCUGAGAUUGCCAAACUCAAAGCUGCAAAGCAGCUCCAGAGAAGCCGACAGCAGAGAAGGUCGCCGAGCCCUCGCUCCGAGGAGCGCCAGCGCGAGCCUCGCGAGGGCUCCCAGGAGCGGCGUCUUCGGGAGAAGAAGGAGGCUGAUGCCAAAGCAGAGAAGGUGGUGAAGGAUGCGGAGGAGAAGCGAAGGAAAGAGGCGGAGGAGGCAGAAGCCCGCAAACGGUGGGCUGAGCAGGAAGCGAAGUGGGCAGAGGAACGCCGACAGCGCGAGGAGCAAAAGCGGCAGGAGGAGGAGCGCAAGGCCGCGCGCCAGCAGAAGCUAAAAGGAGCUUUUGCCAUGGCAGACGACGAGGACGAUGACGAGGAUCAUCGAAACAGAAAGUUGGCUGAAAAGCAGAAGACCAGGUCAGUGCCAAAGUUGGCAGUGGCGGUCUCUGCUUCGCCCGGUCCAGCUGCUCCGGCUGGAAAAUCACGAAAGGUCUCGCCCGACUCGAAGGAUCCCAUAAGCCUCCGAGCUGCCUUAGCAGACCCUUCCGGGCCCCGUGUUCACUCCCCAGGAGAGGUGGCGGAGCAUUUUCGCCGCCUCUCGGAGAUGAAGAGGAGGUACCGAAGAGCUGAAUUUGGGGGUCCUUCGUCCGCGUCCGCCCGGCGACGCACGCCUUCGAGGUCCCGGUCUCGCGACAAGUACGACUCGGUUUGGAUCAAACCAGGCGCUCCAGGAAGCGAGGCCAAAGGGAGCCGCCGGGAUCGCUAG